GACUGUUCCUUUUUAAGCCGGACAAGAAAGCUCUGUCUUUAGUGCGUUUCAACCGUUGAAGUAGAAACACUCAAACUACAAGUAUGUAUUUGUUUUUACUUUAUGUUUGAAUCUCUUUACCGCUGAACUUCAUUAAUAAUAUGAAUAAUUGUUUUAUUUUUUAUUAAUAAUCUUGAAUUUUGUUUUAGUAAUGGAUUCCGAUGUUGUUGAUUUAACAUCUUCCGAAGAGAACACCAAUAAAUUACGACAACUGUUAAGCACUCCUCCUACACCAUUGCUUAAACGUAAGCAGCAGCAACAACAACAAGAAGAAGAACAACAGCACCAACAGCAGCCGCAACAAUCAACCUCAAGCCUCGCAAAUACAAAAUUAAAAUAUGUACGUCUUUCGGAAGACGGAUAUCCACCUACACACUGUUCACCGUUUGCUGCUGGUUUUGAUUUAAGAAGUGGACAAACAGUCGUGUUCGAACUUUGAAACCGUUAACAUUAAAAAAUUUAAUUUUUUUACAAAAUCUUCCGGAAUUUAAACGAAUUAAAAAUGAGUAAUAUAUUAAAUGUUAUUGAAAAUAUAGAAAUUGAUGAAUCCCUUAUAGAACGGGAAUGGCAUUCCCACAAUCCAUACACAUCUAAUUCUUUUAAAAAUAGCGAUGAAAUUCGUAUUCCUGUUCAUGAACAAGACGCAUAUACAUAUCCUAAUAAAAGUUUUUUACUGAUUGAAGGAAAAAUUAUUAACUCCACUGAUUUGAAAGAUGACACUACUUCAAAUCUAAUUAAUAACUGUAAGGCUUUUUUAUUUGAUGAAAUUAUAUAUGAAAUUUGUGGAAAGGAAAUUGAUCGUGUAAAAAAUGUU